ACAUCUUCUCCUCGUGAUUUUCAUAGCUGUUUGCCUCAUGCUAAUGUCCAUCACAAAUAUUCCGCUAAUAAAUUUACAUAUCAAUUCAAAUGCUUCGCGAGUGAUACUUUUUGGGUAAAUUAUGUUUUAUGAUCUUCCGCAUAUUCAGCCGAAUUGCGCACACACGGCAGUUGAUGAUAGUGCCUUGUUAUUUAAUCCAGAAAUGCGUUUAACGAUAACACACUCUCAUUUGUGGAAUUAUUUAUUAGUCAUUGACUUUACCCUCCCACUUCUUCCGGGAGGUUUUUUCUCACCACAAAAUUCCUCCCGAAAAAAAAAAACAAAAUUCUGCAAAGUGCUCUCAAGAUGACUUUUUGAACCCCACAUUUCAGUGGACUUUGUGCUUAUCCUAAAGCAUUACUAAUUCACCGAUAAAUUGACAUUCUACGCGAAAAUAUAUGAAGAGUCAUUUUGUGAGAUUAAAACCAGACUCGCUGGGCAUUCCGUGGAGGUAAAAAAAAAUAAAUUUUUAAUACCACUUUUCAAAAAGCUCUUCCAAAACCUCAAGGUGAUCCACAUGGUCUCCACACCAUUUCCCAAAAAACCAUAUAAUACAGAGACGCAUUGAUAGAGGAAUGCCCAUUUGGAUUAACACGUCGAUACCAUAAAGUUCAUCUCUAAUUUCCACUCCGUGUAGAUUCUCACUCGAAUACAAUGUCUCGUGCGGCGAAAUUUAUUGUUCUCUUCCUCGUGUCUGUGACAAUUUGUUCAGUGUUCUGCCGACCAGCCGCCGAGGAGAGUGAGAAUGACGAGAAGAGUGACUUGGAGACGUCUGAGCUCUUCCUCUGGCCGAAGCUCUUCUUCUGGCCAAAGGUAGCCGUAGUGAAGGCAGCUCCUGUCGUUCAGUAUGACUACGUGCCCGUGAACUACACAUACUACAGGCCUGUGUGGACACCCUACACAGUCACUGUGCAGAAACCCGUGGCGACUGUGGCUGUGGCAUCGCCUCCUGUUGUGGCUGAACCCGCCGUGGUUGCAGCCAAAGGUGUCUCAGUCAAUGUCGGAGUUGGCAAAUAAAUCCAGCUGAAGUGAAUAUAUUUUAAUCCAAUAAACAUGAAGAAUUUCCUCUGUCCUUCCGAAAAAUCUUCAAAACAUCCACACAAACACCAUCGGAUAUGAUGCAGAGGAACAACAAGAGAAACUAAAGUAUUUUAUUGUGAAAAUGACUUGAAAAAAUCACACAAAUAAAUGAAAAUUUUAUAUUCUCUACACACAAAGCUUGAAUUCAUUGGUAAAAAAACAUCCACAGAAGCGGAAAAUCCCACAUG